AUGUUGGUUCUUGUCAAGUUUAAGCGUCAAAAAACGAGUAUUUUUCUGGAAGUGGCAAACAAAGAGACAUUGAAAAAUGCUGUGGAUACAUUGCGACAUAUUUUAAAAACCAGUGAUGAUCAAGCGAUUAAAAUCGGCGCUUUGCGUAAUGGAGACUAUGUUGCUUUGGAGCCAAGCACUUGGUCCAACACUGUUCUUACUGAGAAUACAGACUAUGCAUUUGCGUAUGAGAAGGAAGAUUUUGAAGUCCAUCAACCGUCUGACGAAGAUGUCAUGGAGCCUGAGGGCUAG